AAAGCCUAAAAUGCUUCUCCCAACAACGCUCCUAACCUUACUCUGCUUCUUCUUCUUCGAUGCGCUUUCCGCUGAAGAAGUGGUCACGUGUUCCAACAUCGUUCCCUUCCCUCGCCGCACCGACAAAAUAUCCAUAACGGACUUCGGCGGUGUUGGCGACGGCGUUACUCUCAACACCAAGGCUUUCCGUGAAGCAGUCUACAGAAUCCGUCACCUCCACAGGAACGGCGGCACCGUCCUCUUCGUGCCACCUGGCAUCUACUUAUCGGAGCCUUUCAAUCUCACCAGCCACAUGACGCUCUACCUGGCCGCCGGUGCCGUUAUCAGAGCCACACAGGAUUUGUCAACUUGGCCCUUGAUUGCACCAUUGCCAUCUUAUGGCAGAGGAAGGGAGCUCCCCGGAGGAAGGUAUAUGAGUUUUCUCCAUGGAGAUGGACUUGAGGAUGUGAUAAUCACAGGGGAGAACGGGACAAUUGAUGGUCAAGGAGAAGUGUGGUGGAACAUGUGGAGAAAGCAAACACUUAAGUUUACCAGACCAAACCUUGUUGAAUUUGUGAACUCCAAAAAUAUUAUAAUUUCAAAUGUGAUUUUCAAGGAUUCUCCGUUCUGGAACAUACAUCCAGUUUACUGCAGCAAUGUCGUCGUAAGAUUCGCCACUAUUUUGGCCCCACGUGACUCUCCUAAUACUGAUGGAAUUGAUCCAGAUUCAAGUUCAAAUGUCUGCAUAGAGGACUCAUAUAUAUCUACUGGAGAUGAUCUUGUGGCUGUGAAGAGUGGUUGGGAUGAAUACGGUAUUGCUUAUGGUCGCCCUAGCUCCGACAUUACCAUCCGGCGUGUAACUGGUUCAUCUCCAUUUUCCGGCAUUGCAGUCGGCAGCGAAACCUCCGGCGGGGUGGAGAAUGUGCUCGCCGAACACAUCAACCUUUUUAAGAUGGGAGUAGGCAUCCAUAUCAAGACAAACACCGGCAGGGGAGGGCUUAUACAUAACAUAACAGUGUCUCAUGUUUAUAUAGAGGAUGCAAGGAAGGGAAUAAAGAUUUCCGGGGAUGUUGGGGGCCAUCCUGAUGACAGGUUUGACCCUAACGCCCUCCCAGUUGUGAAGGGCAUAACUAUCAAUAAUGUGUGGGGUGUGAAGGUUCUUCAAGCUGGCUUGAUAAAAGGGUUGAAUAAAGCACCUUUCACUGAGGUUUGUUUAUCUGAUAUCAACCUUCAUGGGGAGACAGGACCUAGAACACCACCUUGGCAGUGUUCUGAUGUGGUUGGUGUUGCUCAUCAGGUUAGCCCUUGGCCUUGUUCUGAGCUGAUUAGCCAACAAUCUGGAUCAUGUGGCAAUUUUUCAUGAGUUUAUGUUGAUGGAGGAUUUUUCCCCUAAUCAAGUAUUAAUAGUGGUAACUAAGUGCUUCUCAUAUUGAUUUAUUUAUUAUCGUGAAAGAAAAAUGUUCUCAACUCAUGAAUAUAUGAUUUAUGAUAAGCACAUACUUGUAACUUGUUCCCAUUGGACUACUUGUAUGUACAUGCAGCAGGAUCUCAAGUUCGAGAAAUCAAAAUUAGAGGAUUGAACUCUUUCUUUCAA